AACAGAGGUAGAGAUCCAAUUUCACCCGAAGCACCGAAGCUGCAGAGUUCAGUUACCGACCAUCGCAACCAUGGACAAGCUGCUGCUGUUCCGGCUUCUGUUUCUGUUUCUGUUCCUGCUCCUCAUCCAGGUGAUCCACUGCCAAAGGAAUCCCCAACUGGACGAACUGAGGCGAUUGGGACUGGGCAAUGUCGUCAAUGUGCCAUUCUUCAGCGAUGUGCCUCAAAAGAACUACGAUUUCAUAGUGGUUGGCUCGGGGGCCGCUGGCUGUACGCUGGCCGCCCGCCUCUCGGAGAAUCCCAACUGGAGCGUCUUCCUCAUCGAGGCGGGGGGCGUGGAGAACAUAAUCCAUCAGGUGCCGCUGCUGGCGGCCCACCUGCAGUCGACUGCCUCCAAUUGGGGCUACAAUUCGCAGCCGCAGCGGCAUGCGUGUCGCGGGAUGCCCGAAAAUAAGUGUGCCUUGCCGCGGGGAAAGGUCCUGGGUGGCACCAGUUCCAUCAACUAUAUGAUCUAUAAUCGCGGGAAUCGCAGGGAUUUUGAUGGCUGGGCGGCGGCUGGUAAUCCCGGCUGGAGUUACGAGGAGGUGCUGCCCUAUUUUUUGAGGAGUGAGCAUGCCCAACUGCAGGGCCUCGAGCACUCGCCCUAUCACAAUCACAGUGGCCCACUGAGCGUGGAGGAUGUGCGUCAUCGAACGCGACUGGCCCAUGCCUACUUGAGGGCCGCCCAGGAGGCGGGUCAUCCGCGCACCGAUUACAAUGGUGAAUCCCAGCUGGGGGUCUCCUAUGUCCAGGCCACCACCCAGAAGGGCAGGCGGCACAGCGCCUUUCGCGCCUACAUAGAACCCAUUCGCUCGAGGCGUCGUAAUCUUCAUAUUCUUACCCUGGCCAGGGUCACUCGCAUCCUCAUCGAUGCCGCCACCAAGUCGGCCUAUGGAGUGGAGUUCAUCCAUCAGGGCAGAAGCUUCAAGGUGCGUGCCCGCAAGGAGGUGAUCCUAUCGGCGGGAGCCUUCAACUCGCCGCAACUGCUGAUGCUCUCGGGGAUUGGGCCGGAGGAUAACCUCAAGGCGAUUGGAGUUCCCUUGAUUAAGGCUCUUCCCGUGGGCAAGCGGAUGUACGAUCAUAUGUGCCACUUUGGACCCACCUUUGUGACGAAUACGACGGGUCAAACCCUUUUCGCCGCUCGCCUGGGACCGCCGGUGGUCAAGGAGUGGCUCCUCGGACGCGCCGACACCUUCCUCUCGAGCAUCGGGGGCGUGGAGACGCUCACCUUCAUCAAGGUGCCCUCGGCCAGCCAGAGUCCGGCCAGCCAGCCCGAUGUGGAGCUCAUCCAGGUGGCCGGCAGUUUGGCCAGCGACGAUGGCACCGCUUUGGCCAAGGGAGCCAACUUCCGGCCAGAGAUCUACGAGAAGAUGUACAAGGAUCUCACCGUGCGACAGCAGGAUCACUUCAGCUUCCUCAUCAUGCACUUCAAUCCCGCCUCCGUGGGUCGCCUGUGGCUCCACAAUCGCAAUCCACUGGAGUGGCCACGCAUCGAUCCCAAGUACUUCUCGGCUCCCAAGGAUGUGGAGCAUCUGCUGGAGGGCAUCAAGGAGGCGAUCAGGAUAUCCAGAAUGCCUGCCAUGCAGGCGAUUGGAACGCGACUGCUGGACAAACCGGUGCCAGGAUGCGAGAACCACGAGUUCGCCUCGGAUGACUACUGGCGAUGCUCGAUAAGAACGCUGUCCUAUACGCUGCACCACCAGGUGGCCACCUGUCGCAUGGGACCCGAAAGUGAUCCUACGACGGUGGUGAAUCAUGAGCUAAAAGUUCACGGAAUGAGGAAACUCCGGGUGGUGGACACCAGUGUGAUCCCGGUGCCACCCACCGCCCACACAAAUGCGGCGGCCUUUAUGAUCGGGGAGAAGGCGGCGGACAUGAUACGAUCCGAAUGGAGUUAAUAUACAGAUCAGCAGAUCACUUAAGAUCACUUUCGGAGACAAACGGCGAUUUAUGCAAAGGGGUUAAUAAAAUGCGAGACGAAAGUUGAAAGAAAGCAAGCGGGUACACUUCACAAAUGUUGCGAUCUAAAAAGCAUUCCUAAUUUUUUUUCAUAUUCUAAAUGGUCUAAUUUC